AUCCGUAGAUCGAAUGGUGACAAAAACUUGAAGUGUGCUAAGAAGCGGUAGACGUUGUGGCGAAGACAAUGCCAAUAUCGCAGCAGCUCACCAGUAAACGGUUACAAUGUACCAUCUCUUCCAUGCAGGCCAAUGGAUGGGGUGACAUGGAUGAUUGAAGCUGACGGCGUCGGAUAUCCCGUUAGGUAGUCUGUUCCUGCCGUCACCUUUACAUUGACUAUGGCGCUCAAGAUCCUGGUGUUCGAGCCUAUCGUGCUCUUUCUGAGUCUCUUUAAUGGCUUUAUAUACGGGCUUGGAUUCUUGUUUCUUGAAAGCGUGACGAAAGUCUUCGUUAUCAAUUACGGAUUGUCGUUCACCGGCGGUGAUCUGACCUUCUUAGGUCUCGGCGUUGGAGUGGUAAUCAUGUUCAUCUUCCUCAUACCCUUGCAAACAUGGCUCGUGAAGCGCGACCGCGUGAAGAACGGUGGCAGGAUUCGCCCAGAGUCCCGUUUCUUACUUUCCCUAUUCUUGGUUUGGGGAUUCCCGAUCUCAAUCUUCUGGUUUGCUUGGACGUCUGCGCCCCACUUGGGUCAUACCACAUAUUGGAGUCCCGUUUGCGCUGGGACCAUGCUAGGUGCAAUCGCACCCCUAGUUUUUUUAGGAAUUCUAAAUUACGUCGCCGAUUCAUACCCUAACUUGGCCGGGUCAGCCAUCGCAGCUUCCCUCAUCCCUUCAUUCGUUGCUGGUGCUGCUUGCGCGCAUCUUGGGAUAUGGAUGUUUCAGCGCCUAACCACCCAAGUGGUGGUAAGCAUCCUUGGAGGUGUUAGUGUGGGUGCAGUCAUCUUGAUUUACACUGUGUAUUUCUUCGGGCCAGCGCUGAGGGCACGCAGCCGAUAUGCUCGCAAGUUCUAGUUCUAGUGUUUCAUGACGUGAUGACCAUCAAUUGUGUGAUCUGAGAGAUGUCCCAGAACAAAUUUUAAUUGUAUCCCGCAUGUGCAUAACAUUCGUGGUUCUCCCAUCCACAGGCCUCGUCCAACUCUGUCUUGUUAGGAUUAUUAUCGUCUGCUUUCAUUCAUUUCUCUCAUAUCCGCGCGGCUCAUGAUCAAUCGCAUGUCUGUUACGUCUAUUUUUUUGGGGAAAGUGCGAUUCGGAAGGAGGUAUCCUUGGCACUGCUUGGCAUGACAUCACAGGCACGUCACAGAGUUAUGUCUGCAUAGCUUGUUAG